AUGGCGGGUGAAAAACCCCGGAACCUGCGGCGAGUUAAGGAUGAGCUUUUGAGGGGCAUCAUCAUGCAGUGCGCACGCGCAAAGCCGGAUGAGCGGCCGACGGCGCAGCAGCUGCUGGAACACGAAUGGCUGGAAGAGCCGGAAGGCACGAGUGGAACCGGCAGCGGCAACGUCCUUUGCGAGCUGUUGCCCAUGGACGAAGCGCCCGAGGAUGUUCCAGACGUGGAUAUUUUUCCUCAGUUGCCACAGCUGGAAAAGAUUGCGGAAGAGGAAGAAGAGACGGAG